GCGACAGAGGGCAUUAUCGACAAAAAUGGCGACGCAUUUAACGCAAGGGGAACUCCCGAGUUUGAGUUUAUGAAGUUUAGUUUUAGGCAAUUAUCUAUUUUGAACAAUGAGUGAAAAAGACGAUGCUAGUUCUACGAAGGAAGAGGGAGAAUUAUCUGACGAGGAAGAAUAUGAUGACUCGAGACGUGACCGAAAUUUUGAGAGAAAAACUAGACCUUUAGAACCUCCGAGAAGGGAAAGGCAUAGAAGUCCACCAUCUUGGUCAAGAUGCUCUAGACACUCCGACGAGUUAGACUAUCGUUACAGACAAGGCAGAGAAGAAGGGGGGUUUUGGGCACCACCUGUUGGUUUGUGCCCACCACCACCUCGUCCCCCAAUUCAUUUUUACGACAAUUUACCCCUAAGACCUCAUGCUCCAUUACUAGGAAGCCCCCGUGUUAUGAGGAUUCACCCCUUAGAUUAUGGAAGAGACAGACCGGUUCAUCGUUCAGAAGAUUUUAGGGACUCUUACCCUCCAUCAUAUCAGUUCAGGAAAAACUGGAGAUUCAAUAUUCGCCAAGGACCGGGAAAAAAUAAUAGAAGAAACCAGGAUUCUGAUGAGGGAAACUUUGAGGAGCUGUUAGAGAAAUAUCGAACGAUACAGAAACAGCUUGAAAACCUAGAAGAGGAGGAAGGGGAGACAACUGGCACCAGUUCUCCUGCUGCAGGCUCCGAGAAACCGAAGGAGCAGUGUGUCAAGGAUGGCAAAACGGGGGAGGGACAAGCAAAGAAUAGUGACCAGUCUGGAGGGGUUAUCGUUAUUGAUAGCUCUCCAGACAAGGUUGAGAAGAAAAAUGAUGGCCUUGAAAGUACCGUGAAAAAAGAGAAUGAAGAAGAGGAGGAGUUGGAUUUGGAUGAGCUGAGGAAGAUUGCACUAGCUUCAACUGGAGCUCGUGCCAACAAGACAGCCGUUAAAUCAGAACCCACCAAAACAUUGCUCUCAAAUGGGAAUCUAGCCAAGAAGGUUAGCCCUAAGUCAUCGGGAAGUAGGAACACAAAAAGUCAGAGAUCCAGAGAUGCACCCAGAAGAUCGAUACAUUCCCGUGAUAGAUCAGAUCGAAGACGAACCUUGUCUGGAAAAGACAGUCAGACAUCAAGGUCUCCAAGAAAAGUUCAACAAAGGCGAUCUAAGAGUAACGACAGAAAGAAGACACUACCUAAAAAAGACAAUGAGUUUGAAAAACAAGAAAUUGAACGGAUACUGUCCCUUUCGGAUACUGAUGAGAAGAUUGCUCGGUUCCUUCAGCUGAUUAACCACAGAAGCAAGGUGAAGGGCAAGGCUACAGGAAGUAAGUCUGUGGAGGCCAAGGCCAACAGUGUGCAGCUGCAGGACAACUAUGAGGAGGUGGAGAUGGAGAUUGACAGCAGUGAGGAGUCAAGCAUGGCCAACAUGGAGGGUGGAGUGGGGUUGGAGGAGUUCCAGUCUGACCCAGAUUUUCAUAUUGCAAUGAAACCAGUGACAUUAGAACUCCCGGAUCCUGCCCUACUUCCUCCAUUCUAUGGCCAGUUUCCCCAGCAGUGGCUACCUCAGACCCAGGAAGUUCCGUACAUGGUCUGCCCACCCCCACCCCCUCCUUUUACCAUGGGCCCCAUCCCUCCCCUCCUCUGCCUGCUGACCCACCCCCUCCUGUGCCCCCACCUCCAGAAGCCCCUCCCUCCCUGAAGGUCCUCCUCCCCCUGAAGAUGAG